AUGGCACUCAUUGACUCGGUCUCGCUUCCAUGGUGGGCUUGGGUGGCUCUCACCGUCGCCGUUUACACCAUCACCAACAAGAUCAGCUACCACAUCCGUUUACGGAAACUGGGUGCCUCCGAGCCUCCGUUCAUCAGGGACUAUAUUUUUGGUUUCUGGUUCAGCUUGGAGAUCUUGCGUAGGCUGAAAACAGGAGACAUGCCGGAAUUUUUCGGGGAAAUGUUCGACAAGGUGUAUGGUGACACAGUCCUCUUCCGCUCUACAGGAAGCUUGAGGUAUACCACAAGGGACCCCGAGAACAUCAAGGCCGUCUUGAGCACUCAAUUCAGCGAUUUUUCGUUGGGACUUCGCCACAAGCAGUUCAGGGUUCUUUUGGGUGACGGUAUUUUCACCUUGGACGGCGAUGGCUGGAAACAUUCCCGGGCCAUGCUUAGGCCCCAGUUUGCCAAAGAGCAGGUCUCUCCAGGGGCAAUGUUGGAGUCUCACGUACAGCAUGUUUUGCGAAGAAUAAAAAUUCAAAACGGAUCAAAGUUUGAUAUUCAGCCUUUGUUCUUCAAGUUGACAAUCGACUCGGGCACCGAGUUCCUUUUCGGUGAAUCCUGUUCCUCGCUCCAAGAUGAUAUCGUCAAACUCUCUGACCUUGAAGGUCCUGAAGGGGUCGAACUUUUUCCCGAAGCCUUCAACACUUCGCAAUAUUACCUCCUCUUGCGGUCCGGACUCCAUAAUCUGUACUUUAUUCUCACCACAAGAGAGUUCAGAAAGUGUAACCGGAUUGUUCACAAUUUUGCUGACUACUACGUGGAGAAGGCUCUUGCAGCGACUCCAGAGGAGUUGGCGAAAAAGAACGAAAAUGGGUAUGUAUUCUUAUACGAGCUUGUCAAGCAGACCAGAAACCCAGUGGUUUUGCGAGACCAAUGUUUGAACAUCCUCAUUGCAGCAAGAGAUACCACGGCAGGACUCUUGUCUUUUGUCUUUUUCGAACUUGCAAGAAAUCCCGAGAUCUUCCGCAAGCUUCGGACUGAGAUUGUUGAAGCCUUUGGCGAGGGGGAAACUGCUGAUCUUAGCAAGAUGACAUUUGAAUCACUCAAGAAACUCGAAUAUCUCAAGUGGGUCCUCCAUGAGACGCUCAGAUUGUACCCCUCUGUCCCAAUGAAUAGCCGCUUAGCUACCAAAGACACUACAUUGCCUCGAGGAGGAGGUCCAAAUGGACAAGAACCUGUUUUCGUGCCAAAAGGUGAAGUGGUAGUUUACUCAGUUUUCGUGACACAUCGAAAUCCGGCCAUCUACGGCAAGGAUGCAAACACGUUCAGACCCGAAAGAUGGGGUGAAGCAAGACUUAAGAAAGUGGGCUGGGGAUUUCUUCCAUUCAACGGAGGUCCUCGGAUCUGCUUGGGCCAGCAACUUGCCUUGACCCAAGCGUCUUACGUGACAGCUCGCCUUCUUCAGAACUUCUCUGAAAUUGACUCAUUCGACAAUCCUGGAGACCCUCGCAAGAAUGUGCACUUGACCAUGUCGUUGCUUGACGGGGCCAACAUUAGGCUCUACUAA